AUGGCUCCGCCGGUGCAGCGACGGCAAAUUUCCAAGGAUCGGUUCGGUAUAGUGUUUGGAUCACACAAGUCACAGAGCUACAUCGAUCCUCUAGUCAGAGGAGCUGCUUCACACUUUCAUCGAACAAUAUCAUGGAAUGCCACUGGUACGUUGAUAGCGACCGGAUCCACCGACAGGACCAUCCGCGUCUGGAAUCCGGAAAUAACGACUCCCAAGAGCCAGAUUGAGCUCAGAGGUCAUACGCAUGCCGUCGAAAAACUCCUGUUCAAUCCGACACGAGAUUUCGAGCUUGCCAGUUGCGCCAGCGAUGGCACUGUUCGAUUCUGGGACACGCGAAGCAAGGCGUGCACUACGAAGCUCGACGUUGGGGGAGAAGUCUUUACCCUAUCAUGGAGUGUUGAUGGCACAGUGCUCGUUGCAGGGACAAAGAACGAUGUCUUGUUCCCCAUCUCCACCACCUCUACGCCUGCGAUCCUUGGCCGCCACCCCCAGACGACACAGACGAACCAGACCUGCUUCUCAAAUGCCUAUCCGCCAGGCGAUCUUCUUCUGACCCAUAGCGACGGAAGCGUGAGCAUUCGAAGCUAUCCUUCUUUUUCGACCAUACACACUCUGAUGGCCCAUACCUCAUCCUGCACCUCGAUCGCAUACUCUCCGAAUGGCAAAUACCUUGCGGUUGGUGGUUCGGAUGCAUUAAUCUCGCUCUGGGACACUGCAGACUGGGUCUGCCGCCGAACGCUCUCGAACCCAACGUUCGGCGGCGUCAAGGGUCUGAGCUGGAGUUGGGAUGGACGGUUCAUUGUGGGAGCAAGUGAGGAUGUCAGCUCUGGCGACGGCGCCGGCAUGGGCAGCGGCGGCCUCGAAAUCUAUCAUGCAGAAUCUGGUGAUGUGGUCUAUACGGUUCCCACUGGCACUUCAGGUAUACCAGCGGUCGAAUGGCACCCCAGCCGAUACUGGUUGGCGCAUACUCAGAUUGAAGCUUCAACAGGAAAGAGUAUGCUAAAGGUGGUGGGCGCAGCAGGUGUCGGCCUCAGCAUAUGA